UUUCUUUAAAUUUUUUGUAUUGGUGUAUAUCAAGCGCAGUGAUAAUACAGAAGCGAUAUAAUGAAGGUUUUGAUAAGUGUGGCGGUAGCCCUGAUUUUUACCGAGUGUGUUGAUUGUUAUAUAGUGAAUCCGGGGCCGUUAUAUGUGGCCACAAAGGGAGAGAUUUGGCCAAAACCACAAGACCAAGUGAAAUCAGAAGAUUAUUUUGUUAUUACUCCAGAAAAUUUUACAUUUUUACUUGCAGAGAACAGUGGAAAUUGUCUUAUUCUACAAAAUGCUUUCGAAAGGUACUUCAAAAUACUUCAACAAAAUACCAUUUCACAAGCGACAGUUCGUCGACUUAAGUCAUUUAGGGCGAAUUUGACUGAAGGAUCGAACUUGGGUUUGAUAACAAAUAUAACAGUUAACUUGAAUGGAGAAUGUUCAGAUAAUGACUACCCUAGUUUAGAUAUUAAUGAGACAUACAUAUUAAAUGUUACUCUAUCAGCUGUCCAACUCGCAUCAUCCUCUAUAUGGGGUAUUUUAAGAGGUCUAGAGUCAUUUUCACAGUUACUUUAUUUAGGAUCCGAUGGAUAUACUGUAAGGAUUCGUCUUAACAGCACGGAUAUAUAUGAUUAUCCUAGAUACAAGCAUAGAGGAUUGCUUCUAGACACCUCUAGACAUUUUAUUCCUUUGAAACAAAUCUAUCAAAUUAUAGAUGCACUCGAAUACAAUAAAAUGAACGUCUUUCACUGGCAUUUGGUUGAUGAUCAGAGCUUUCCUUUUGUCAGCCAAAAAUUUCCAGAACUUAGCCAAUAUGGUGCUUAUGAUCCAGAACUUUAUGUCUACAAUACCACUGAUGUGCAGGCCGUUAUCGAAUAUGCCAGACAAAGAGGUAUCAGAGUAAUGCCAGAAAUUGAUACACCUGGACACACUAGAUCAUGGGGUGCUUCACAUCCAGAAAUUUUAACAGAUUGUUCUGCUGUACAAUCUGGAGCUUUGGGACCUCUGGACCCUACGAAAACAGAGACUUACACUUUUCUAAACGAUCUAUUAUCCGAGGUGAGGGGUGUAUUUAAGGACGCUUACAUCCAUCUUGGUGGUGAUGAAGUUGGUUUUGAGUGCUGGGAAAAUAAUGAAGAUAUAGUUAAGUAUAUGGCAUCUAAUAACAUAAGUACAUAUGAAGACUUGGAAAGCUAUUAUAUUCAAAAAAUAAUCAAUUCAGCGAAUUCUUUGAAGUUCAAUUCAAUUGUUUGGGAAGAAGUAUUUGUAAACGGAGUAACUUUGCCCAACGAUACUAUCGUACAUGUUUGGAGAGAUUAUGGGAACUUCAAGUGGGUCGAAACAAUGAAAAGCGUAACGGAAUCUAAUAAACCAGCUCUACUAUCAGCCUGUUGGUAUUUAGACCAUCUUCAAACUGGAGGAGAUUGGCAAGGAUUUUAUGAAUGUGAUCCAACGAAUUUUGGUGGUAAUGAAGAAGAACAAAAUCUCGUACUUGGAGGGGAAGCUUGUAUGUGGACCGAAGUCGUUAACGAAUACAACGUUGUCCAAAGAAUUUGGCCAAGAGCAUCAGCACCAGCAGAGAAACUGUGGUCAGCUUACGUUGAUGUGUCUGAUGGUUUCGAUUAUACAUUAACUGCACAACGAUUAGAAGAACAUGUUUGUCGCAUGAACAGGCGCGGAAUACCUGCUCAACCUCCAAAUGCUGCUGGUUACUGUCUUUAAAUUAUUUAAAAAUAUGCCUGUCAUCUUUGAAAAUAAAUAGAACAACUAUUACAUUUAAAAUUA